GCAGGAUGCCUGUCUCUUUUGUCAUCCUCCUCUUUGCCUCUGCAGCCCUGAUUUCCUUCAAUGGUGACUGACCAUCUCUUGCCCUGUCAGGCUGCCAGACCAGCGCUGUGACCCCCAAUGGCCUCUCCCCGGACUAUAACCAUUGUGGCCCUCUCUGUGGCCUUGGGGCUCUUCUUUGUCUUUAUGGGGACCAUCAAGCUGACCCCGAGACUCAGCAAAGAUGCCUACAAUGAGAUGAAACGGGCCUACAAGAGCUAUGUCCGAGCACUGCCCAUGCUUAAGAGAAUGGGAAUCAGCUCCAUCAUUCUUCGCAAGAGUAUUGGAGCCCUCGAGGUGGCCUGCGGCAUUGUCAUGACACUAGUUCCUGGCCGUCCCAAGGAUGUGGCCAACUUUCUGCUGCUGCUGCUUGUUCUGGCUGUGCUCUUCUUCCACCAGCUGGUGGGAGACCCCCUCAAACGCUAUGCCCAUGCCUUGGUCUUUGGGAUCCUGCUUACCUGCCGCCUGCUUAUUGCCCGUCAGCCGGAGGAGCAGCUGCCAGAGAAGAGGACCCUGUCAGUGAAUGGAGAGGAGCAGCCACUUCUUGCAGAAGGAGAGCCAGCGAAGGGCAAAAUGAAGGUGUCCUAGUGGGGUGCCUUUGAGGGACAUAUGGACCCUCCAUGCAGUUCUCUCUGCAAAACACCUAAAAAGAUUUGCGUUUCUUUUCUUUUUCAGUUUUGUAAAGAGUUACAUAUUGGAGCAUGGGGUAAACCUUAUGUUUGCCAACUAAACAACAACUUGGCUUGUGCAAACCUCUAAAACUGCCCUCUGCUGCACCCCCCCCAACAUGUAUAGAUAUGAAUUAAUUUUAAUGGAUGUAGAGGGGAAUAAAUGUACCUUGUGUUGGGUGUGUAUGUUUCUGUGCAUAUCAGAGAGACUGGCUGGAUGGUUGGUAGAUGAAUCACUCAAACUGCCUCUGAACCAGUUUCAGGGGUAAAAAAAAGGAAGCUUCUAACCCUGUGCUUGCUCACCUACCCAGUCCUCUCCCUACUUUGCCCAGCAUCUAGCACUGGAGUGGUGAACGUUUUUUCUUGCUUCACAUGAGCCAAGUGGUAUCUCCCACCCACCUCUCUCGACAGAGAAUAAAGAAUGCUGCAUACCCAAUAAUAAUAAUUACCUGCAGUUAUUUCAAUCUCCCAAGCCUGUCUGUGCUGCUGUCAGAAGAUCAAGGACUAGUCAAUACGUAUCACCCAACACAUUAGCCUGUUUUAUCUGCCACCCAUUCACUAACUUUAUGAAGUGACAGGUUAUUGUGGGUGGGUUAGAGCUUGGCACUAAGGACAGGAUUCAUUUUCCAUCCCACACCAGGAUCUGACAAAUCAAAAGAUAGUGAGAUCCCUCUUAAGAAGCUACUUGCAUUGUGUCAGUGUUGACAUUGGAGGGAGAAAGAAGAAAAGGUGGAACUGUCAUUAGAAACACAUUUUUAAAUGUAUGUUGCCUUUCUUGGUUGUGUCCAGUUUGCAUUCUCUUCCUCCUUUUUCUCCCCCUUAAUUUAUAAAAAUAAACUUUUUGAA